AUGCCUCCGGCAACGCUUAACGAUGUCUUCAAAGAAGUCGAAAAGUUUACUCGGUUCCAAAGGAUCAUAGGCAUGUCUGCCUUGAUCUAUUCCGAUAACGAACUCCAGAUUUCAAGAAAAUGGCUCAUCAUAAGCCUUAUUAGCAUCAGCUUCAACUUGGUCAUAUUCUUCUAUACCCUCUACUCGAUUAGGGCGUCCCUUACGGUGAUCAGCAAUUGGUACUGCUAUCUUAAAAUCGCUUACUCUACCGUGUUGACUGGGGGCUUUGUGGUCUGCUGGAUCCGGAGCACUAGUAACUUGGAACUCUUGAACACAUCGCUAUUCAGGAUGAGAGGCGUAGACUUGCAGAUGAACUCCUUCGGAAGGAAACUGCCUCCGACAAAAACUAGUUGGGUGACAGUUUUAAUUUAUGGGCUACUCACUGGAGCAUACUUUCUCAAAGUCUCUGCAAUGCCGACAUUCAUUGAGUGUGUAAAGCUCCUCAUCCUCUAUUCACCUAACAUUCUCAUAAUUUCAUUUGAGGACAACAUUGACAGAAUCGAUUCCUUGAUUCUUAUUCGUUUCCAAGCUAUCAAGCAACAUCUUGUUGAAUGUUUCAGAAUGGAAGCUAUGGAGGCAGUUCCAUUUCUAGAAAAACUGGUCAUAUGUCACCAUCAACUCAGUAGUUGCUCGGAGGACAUCGAUGAUUAUUUUUCGGUUCAAGUGAUAUCGGUACUGGGAGUAUUUUUUUUCGCUUCAUUCUGCGAUCUCUACGCGAUUUCUAUUAUGUACAGAGACGAGGCAUUGACUUAUAAAGAAGUACUCGUGGUUGAAAAAGUUAUAUGGAUUAUAGUUAUGUUCAUUAUAAUAUCACGAGUUUGUCAUCAGUUUUCAGCCAUCACUACCGAGCCAGUGUUAAAACUCCAUAUUGCGAUGAACCGUGAGGUAGUUUUUACUGCAUAUGGGUUCUUCAAGUUGGAUUAUUCUCUCCUUCAUUCAUCAGGGACCUUAUGUCUGCUCACCACAGAAGACACCAAUCUUAAAGACCCUCAGCGGUCGAUGACAGCGCCUCUAGCGGUGCUUCUCUCUAAGCAUUCGCUAUAA